CCUCCCUCCCUCUUGACGAGUAGUGCGCAUGCGCGGUAUGGGGAUGUUGCUGUCGGAAGCUGUGCCUCUCUGUGUGAAACGAUCAAUAAGGCCUUGUUGAAAACAUCGGUAACAAGCUAGCUAGGUCUCUCUCUCUCUCUCUCUCCAAUUCUUUGUUCUGUUCUAUUUUAUGUUAGAGGCAGUUCAGCUCGUUGUCUUUAUAAUAGGUAGUCUAAUCCACAUAAAAUGACCGAUCAAUCAUCCCUGUUGCUUCGAAAACAACUGGCAGAGCUCAACAAGAACCCUGUGGAGGGAUUUUCUGCCGGUCUCAUAGACGAUGAUAACAUCCAUCGAUGGGAGGUGGUUGUUAUUGGCCCGCAAGAUACAUUAUUCGAGGGUGGUUUCUUUAAAGCCUACUUGACCUUUCCCCUUGACUACCCACAUAGGCCUCCGAAGAUGAAGUUCAUCACAGAAAUAUGGCAUCCCAAUGUUGCAAAGAACGGUGACGUGUGUAUCUCCAUUCUGCACGAGCCCGGAGAGGACAAGUUUGGCUAUGAGAAGCCUGAGGAGCGCUGGCUGCCCAUUCACACAGUGGAAACCAUCAUGAUCAGUGUCAUCUCCAUGCUGGCCGACCCGAACGGCGACUCACCCGCCAACGUGGACGCAGCCAAAGAAUGGAGAGAGGAUCCCUGUGGAGAGUUCAAGAGGAAGGUGGCUCGCUGUGUACGAAAGAGUCAGGAGAUGGCGUUUGACUAGGCGCCACUCCCCCACCAUUGCCACACACCCACUAGAAUUUUAACAUCGGGAGAUCGAUCAUGUCACUCUUCAAUAAAGACUUUUGCACCAGUGCUCUGCUCUUAGGAAGAUGUGGAAUAAAAAGCCAGCCCUUAUUUCUUUAGUUGUGUAAAUAGGGUCGUCUCAUUUCUUCUGUGGAUGUGUGGAGGAAAAAACAUCCCCUCAUGCUCAUUGCCCAGUUCUCACUUUAGACGUAUUUAUUUAAAUGAUAAUUAUGACAACUCAAGAUGCAUGUUUUUGUUUUGAAGAGCUUCUUUAUUUUUCAACCUGCCACUGAGCCAUCUACUUUCGACUUGUCUCUUAUGCAAUUAUGGUCAAUGAAGAGAUACUAACCAACAAUCGCUUUCGUUGCCCCUGUUCUUUCCCUAUGGAAGCCCAUUCCUUCCAAAGUGUUCUGCAAAAUCCUCUCUCAAAAGGGUUAAUACACUCUGCUGCCUUAAGUUGUUUCCCUGUGAGCUAAGGAACCCGUCUCCAGCGAUGUCUGGUUUCUUCCAUUUUUGAUCAAUCAUUUUUUGGGGAUAAACAAACCUAAGAAUAUUAGCAUGAGGAAAAUAAUAUUUUUUUGUAAUAUAGAUCUCCUCUCUAAUUGUAUAUGUAAAUAUUAUGUACUAUAGAUCAAGUUGUGUCUUUUGGUUUUCCCCUUCAUGUGAAGUUUGUACACUUGAGUUUCCUGUCUAGGAUAUUUUCAGGGACAUGUGUUCAGUGUCGUCUAUCCUUGUGAGAAUAAUUAUUUAAGCUUAUGGUCACCUGUGAACAUCUCCAGAAAGAAGUAAUCACAUUUCAGAUGGUCUUUUGUUUAGUCUCAAGAAUGUGAAUAAGGUGAUGCCAGUUCUGGUUGAAUGUCCACACCAGUAUUGCCAUUUUCUCCUGUGGAAGCAGAUUACACUAGCCCUUUGCAACAGCACAAUUUCUAUCUACGAGGAGAUGCUUUUGAGUCUUACGCAAGUUAUUCAUGCAAUGCAAAGGAUCAAAAUAAUGAAAGUGGUGGAUUGUUAGAACAAGCAAUAAGACUUGUAGCUCAAUAGUUUAUUUAACUGAUAGUACCAAUGGUUAUACCUAUUCACCUGUGUGGAGUGAAGACUGGCAUGAGUUGUGAAAUCACAGGUUUUUACACCCACAUUGUUUAACUUGAGUCCAAUAAAGUUUUUAAAACAGUAA